AUGUCUUCAAGUCUGUCGUGGGGCAAUGUACCGCCAGUUCAUAAUCAACAACGAACAAAAAAUCAAAAUACUCUUCGCCAAUUAAUUGUUGGAACAAAACAAGAGACAACAAAUAUCAAUAACAACAAUGAUUUGUCACCUCUAUCCAACCAAACUCGUUCCAUGAAUUCUUCUGAUUCCGUUGAUGAAUUUGUUGGUCGAGUUACAACGCUUUCCAAACAAGUCGAACAAUACAAACAAUUAUCCAAUCAAAGAGCUCAACAAGUUGAAAUUCCAUCAAUUUCAAAUGGACAACAAUUAAAUAAUAAUGGAGGAGUUUUCAAUUCGACAGCAAAUGACACUCAAAAGAAGAUUCGAGCAUUAAGACAAUGGUGUACAAGCGAAGCCAACGAAUUGAAAAAGAUGUCCAAUCGAAUUGGUUCUAAACUUGCUUCUGAAUCGAAAAUUUUGAUCGAAAUGACAGGAGGUACUUCAAGCGAACAACAAAAUGCAAGCGUUGGAGGCAAUGCACAACAAGAAAAUGCCAUCAAAUACAAUCGAGUGAAGAACGAUUUGGCUAAAACGAUCUCUGUAUUGAAGGAUGUUAUUCGUCGUGAUAAGGAAUGGAUUACACAACAAACCAAACAAAAACAAGAGCAAUAUGCAUUAAUUUCCAACAAUCACCAACAUCAUUCUCAUUUUGAUGAAGAAGAAGAGAUGGAUUAUGUGGGCAACGCUGAAGAACAUCCACUCCUCCAACGCGGUAGUGGCAAACAUUCACCUCAAGUAUCACAACAACAACCUCUUCAAGAGUUACAACUCAAAGAAGAAGGAACUUUGGUGUCUUGGCAAGAAAGUACCCUAAAUGUUGAGAUGAAAAUAGCCAUGGAAGAGUACGAGGAUUUGAAGCAAUACCAAAGCGAGUAUUAUGAAUUGCAUCAUUUGGUUACAGAGUUUGCCUCACUGGUGGAUGAACAGGAUCCAAUGCUAGAUACCAUUCAUUCCAAUGUGAUUACCUCCAAGGACAAUGUUGAACGCGGAGUAGAGAGCCUCAAAGAAAGUAACAAGUUGAGAAAGUCUCAAUCGAGAAUGAUGUGGAUUGUGAUGGGACUCAUCUUAUUGACCAUCUUGGCAGUAGCGUUGAUUCUCAUCUUUGGAAAGGGUGUUAUUUAUUGA